AUGGCCGAGACUGACCCUAAGACCGUCUGGGAUCUCACCUCGGUGGUGGAGACACUCCUGCAACAGAUGCGAGAUAAAUUUCAGACCAUGUCUGACCAGAUCAUUGGAAGGAUUGAUAUGAGUAGUCUCAUUGAUGAUCUGGAGAAAAACAUCACAGACCCCAUGACACAGGCUGAGGUGGAAGAACUGGAACAUGAAAACAAGAUACCUGCCACACCAAAGAGUUGAAGGUUGCUAAUAAUUUACACUGAAAUCUGGAACACCAUUUUUCCAAGCCAAGAGAAGACCAAAUGG